UGGCUGUCGAUGCUCUGGUUCCAGCUAGAGUUUGGUACCGCGCAUGCGCUCUUCUGUUUGGCAAUAAAUGGAGGAGAGAGAUGGCCCUUGACAAUUUUCUCUUUGGCCAGUGCAUCCUCUAUUUUUUGGCAUUCCUCUUUGGUUUCAUUGCUGUUGUUCCUCUUUCGGAAAACGGCGAUGACUUCCAGGGAAAAUGUCUGCUCUUCACUCAGGGAAUGUGGCAGAACGAGAAUAUGACGGUGGGGAAGCAGCGGUUUAUGGUGGAGGAAUGGGGUCCGGAGACAUCCUGCCGUUUCAUCACAUUCGUCGGCAUCGUUUCGCUCAUUUUAUCUGCGGUGCAGGCAUGGCGAACCUUGUUCUUCCUCUGCAAAGGCCAGGACGAUUCAUUCUUCCAUGCCUUCCUCAACCUGCUGCUUAGCUCUCUGGUGGUGUUUGUGGUGUUUGUGGCCAGUACCAUUUCAAGCGUGGGCUUCAGCUCCUGGUGUGAUGCCAUCACUGAGAAUGGAGCUAUGCCAAGCAGCUGUGAGGAUCUGCAGGACACUGACCUGGAGCUGGGUUUGGACAAUUCCUCCUUUUAUGACCAGUUUGCCAUCGCACAAUUUGGCUUGUGGUCCGCCUGGCUGACGUGGCUGGGCAUCACCGUGCUGGCCUUCCUCAAGGUCUACCACAACCACCGCCAGCAGGACCUCCUCGACAGCCUGGUCCAGGAGAAGGAGCUGCUGCUGGGCCGCUCGCUCCGCCGCGGCUCCGACAUGGAGGAGAAGAACGCUCUCAUCUGAAUGGUGGUCCAGUCCAGAGGGUUCCCCCUCAACUGACAUUUCUUUCCCACCACACCCCCAUCUCCUCACAUCCCCACGGCAGUGAAGGCCACCAUCAGUGAUCAGUGAUCAGAGCCCCAUUAAUAGAGCACCCCACCAUCAGUGAUCAGUGAUCAGAGCCCCAUUAAUAGAGCACCCCACCAUCAGUGAUCAGUGAUCAGAGCCCCAUUAAUAGAGCACCCCACCGCCCUCCCCUCUCUCUGCAUCCACGUCUUUAAUCACCACAACCGCGUUGAUUAUAGAAUGAGUUAUAAACACUAAUGAAUUUCCAAGUCAAUUGUUAUUCGUAGUAGUUUGCAUGAUUUAUAGUCUUUUCUUAGGUACUGGCUGAGCAUCCUGUGGGAGGGAGCACUUAGUAAUGAUAAAAUUAUCAGGUUGGGGGAAAAACAUGUUUCAGAAAAUAUAAAUUCCUUGAAAUCUUAGUGAUUUUAUGUAAUAAAAUGAUCAGCACAGAGUGAUAGAACACACUGAUUGGUCUACAAGGUGAUUUAUUACAAUGAACGUGCCAAGGAUGCUAGUCUCCCAUACCCCCCCCCCCCCCCCCCCAAACAUCAUUACUCUAACUAUCCCUACCAUCCCAAACUCUCAUCUUACAUCUUAUGUACCUGCAUCUUAUGUGCCACAAUUAGUUUGCCAAAUAUAGGCCUACAAGAACUUGCCAUAUGUAUAUGCCAACAAGCUGUAAGGAUCUCUCUGUUCCAAUAUAAAGGGAACAUUUAGAUACUUUACAAACUGUAUAUUGCAUGACUACAGUGGGUUUGUUCAUACAGCAUCGACAUCUGUCUUCAAAAGGAGUCUGGGGUUUAUAAGACAUGUGGGAUUGGCAUGGAUGUGCAGUGGGGAAACAGGCAGGCCACAGUGAGGAAAAUGAUCUGCUUAUCAAUCACAAUUAAAGGCUUAUGGGAGGCCGCUUGUCUGUGUGUAGGCCACAAUACUGUACCCAAGAAAGAAACUGCCAAGUGUUAUCCUCUGUAAGAAUGGAUCAUUAAAGACUUUUGAAGAAAGAGUUAUAUGCCUGUA